AAUCGCUGCUCCUAUUCACCGACCGUAUCCCUGAAAUGUUGGACAAGGCCCUCUGUAUACGGCUAGGGGAUGCAUCUGUAAGUCACUGCAUGUGGGACCCUGGUAAACAAAGAUCAAGUAGCAUGAAAUGAACGGGAACGAUUACUACGUCCAAGGGGUGAGAUGAUUUCAUGCCAUGCGAGUCCGGGAAACUACCACAAACUACUAAACUCGGUCCUCCACCCGGAUCUUUGUGCCAUUCAUACCUCGCGAAACGUCUGAAAUUACGAUGGCAGCAUGCACGCCGGCUUGAACAAGUGCGUAACAUAAAACACUAACCGUUUCAGGGAAGCAUGCAUCGCUUGAGCCAAUCUCUCUCCGCGAUUCGACAUCUGCUGUUUAGGUCCAUGCCGUUUUGACAUGUGUACAGAACACUAUCAUUGGGAGUUUCGUCUUCUUUUCAGAUAUCUUUCUCAUCAAACCGUACAGCGGUUAUCCAUUUUAUCGGUUUUACCCUUUGUUUCUGCCAUUCUUCGUCCGACGCAUUGCUCCGCGCUCCUUCGGCUUGCUUCGAUGCCUCCUUUGAUACACCGGAAGUGUUCUCGAUAACCUUUAUAAUGUGUCGAUCGCAGAGUCGAUCGUCCUCGUUCCCUCUCUUCCCAGCCCCCUUCCUUUCAGUCCUCCUGCAUGAGCAAUGUCUCCCCGGAAAACCUCGCCAACCUCUGGUAGUUCGCGUCCUGCAUCCCCAUACUCACCACCACCGCGAGAUUACUCGAAAGGCAAGUCAAAGAAGAGAGAACAGUUCAGCGCGUGCGGUGCAUGUCGGAUGCGACGAGUCCGAUGUGACUUGAAGGAUCUCCCCAUGUCUCCAACAGGUCAGCACCCGCCCUGUUCGAACUGCCAGGAACGCGGGUUGAAGUGUGUCGAUGAGUUUGCAGAAGUAAAGGCGGUGAAGAUGCUACGCCGCGGUCGGCGCUUACAGCAAGUAGAGGCUGUCUACGGUAAAACUUCUCCGGACGAGUCUUCCCUUCACUCUGUUGUAACACCGCCAAGUGUCACACCAAGAAUCCGACCGGAGUUCUUCGAAUCUUCGUUUUUCCGCCGAUUUCAUAUCCAGCGACCGAUCCUGGAACCAGUGGAGUUUCGCGAGAGGUUCACAGAUUCGCUGAGCAACCCAAACGCACUGAGUAUCCCUGGUCAGCUCAUCUGCUUGGUCCUUGUCAUUUGGGCUGCAAGCUUCGGAGUGGAUGAGUACGGAAGAGAAGAUAUGUUAGAGGGCGUGGCUGACAGUCAGCCACGCCCCGAACUCGUUCGCGAUAUGCUGCAAGAGCUUCUCUAUCUCAUCGACAUCCACGGAGUUCUGCGGAAACCUUCGUGGGAUGGUGUACGGCUGCUGUUCCUUCUGCUGCCGCUGACUCAAGAACUGCAGUCACCUGCAGAGAGGCUGGUUAUGCACGAGACUGCGUUGAUUCACGCUCAGACGCUCUGUAGCCCAUCGUCAUCAUUACCUGUCCGCAGUACAAUGGGUGAUUAUAUCGAUGCUGUUAUCAAAGCAAGAGUGUUCUGGCACGGGUAUAUGCUUGACGGUGUGACUAGCGGCCUUCGGGGAGGCCGUUUAAUGAUGAAUCAUGACGACCUUAUAGAGUUCGAGGCAACCCUACCGCCCCGCCCAGAUGGGUCUUCUGGCUCCGCAGUGUACGCAUUGGCGCAUACGUAUGCUGCUGUUCCUAUACGGAUUUCAGGGGUGUGUCGACAGGUUCACGCAUCUUUGACCGGUCCGAAGGCUCGCCGGGCUUUACUUGUCGAUGAGGAGUCGCUUAACUACACAUGGAAGAUGUUAGACCGCUGUUGGAAGGAGCUAGAUGAACUUCGACAGUACGGAACGGGAGACCUCGUCGAUGUGGAAGACAUAGAGAGAUUCAUCAAUGCAUGGCAGAUCAAGAUAUUUGAAUGCCAUAACCUCAUACGCGAAGCUUUGAAGCAACGGCUGGGUCCAAGCGAUUCCUAUGUGUCGAGUUCGGGUCCUGAAACUUCCCGUGUUCGGAACGACAUAAUCCGCCUCCAUGAUAACGCUAGAAGUCGUUGUCACAGUGUAGUGCGCAAUGUUGUCACCAUCAUCCAAAGGAACCUGGGUACUUCCUUUUUCCAAUUCGACGCAGCUCUAGUACGUGAUGGAUGCUUCUUCGCCGGAUUUCUAUUGGCAGGAGAGUCUGGCUCGAAAGCCGAAGUGGAUAUUUGUCUUCAGGCUCUUAGAGAGAUUCGCUGGAUCUUCUCGAAGAGCGAGGAGAGAAUGCAGACUGUGCGUAUGGUUUGGGAAUCGAGGAUUGCACAAUUACGCGGACAAGAACGCAGUAAUCCGUCAAGUCCAUCGGGAGACUCAUUUGAGCAAUUGCUCGGAGCGGACUAUUCCUUCUCCAGGCGUAACCCGCCGCGUUCUGCCAGUAAUCCUCCACUUGCCCUUCUAUCUAUGUCUUCAUUACCGACACCUUCGUCGGCGCCGAAUACUGCAUACACCGAUGAUGGUGGAUGGCCCACAACUACUCCCGGGAGCUCUCGAGCUGGUUCUCAUGGUUCAAUACCUUCGCACCAUGGUUCCCCGUCUGUGGCGGUAGUCAGCAUGGUGGCGCCGUCGCAAGAUCUGUCUGGCAUGGCCAAAAGUCUGAGCAUGACUACGUCAGAAAUGCUCGUUGGGCCUGCACAACCUCCAGUGCCCUUUGCAAGGGCUGGGGAUGUUGCCGAUGCAUACUAUUAUCCUUCAUAUGACUACCCGGCCUACGGGGAGUCUUCCGGUGCCCAGAGCACCGACCUGGGGUUGGAGACGCAAGCAGUAAGCUCUUCGUCCGUAUCAUAUCAUCCUUCCCAAUUUCUGGCGGAAUCUAUGACCUUCACUGGUGUGGUCACUCAAGAACCCGCUAAUGACUUCCAUGCGCACUCUGCCGACAAUGGUCACGGAUCGCAAUACGUACCUGAUUUUUAUCCGUGAAUCUCGAACUAUCUGUUUUGCUACGAUCAUCGGACAUGCGAACACGAACAUUGUACAAUACUAUGUAGAACACUGGGCUAUUCUGGACUUACGAACUCUUGUGAACAUUACUGGACACAACCACAUGCAUAGGACACCUGCGUAGACACAUUAAUAUCUUCUCUUCUUUACUACAUGGGACAAUGUAGUACAUAUACUUCUUACGCCUCUUCUGUUUUCUCAUUCAAGACAUUGGGCACAGUUGUUGCAGGGUAUUAGAUAGCAGCUUUAUGUUUAACCAUGAUUAGUUACCGCCUUAAAUUCUCGAGCCCCACCCAGCUCGCUCAAAUACGCAUUCAUAUCUUUUACAUUCC